AUAUAAUAAUAAUGAGUCAAUCUAAUGUUGGAUAACAAUAAUAAAAGACAGUUAUUUGUAAUAACACAGAAGUUUAGUUGAUGGUGCCAUAGCAGCCAUAAAAUAUUUAAUUUACAAGACAACCACACAUAGUUUAUUGUACUAAUUGUAACAAUCAAAUUUAAACACAUGUUUAACUUAAAGUUGGUAAAGGUCAAUUAAUGAUGGCGUUAAUUAUGUUGCCUAAAUUGCUUUUGUAAUGAUAUGAAUCAUUAAGUAUGUUAGUGCUUGCGUAAUUCCAUUAUUGAUGGAUGAUUGUCGAGAUGCAGUUCAUUUGUGUCCAGUUUGUAAAGCUGAAGUAGGAAGAAAGAAUUUCAUCUUUGAAUGAUUUAUGCAAUAAUGAAAAUCAAC